UGUGCCACGCACAGGAGAGAGAGGUUAAGCUCCCAAACCCACAGCCACAGACUAUACAGUCUGAUCUUCUACACCCGGUCUCUGCUAAACGUUAUCUAUAAAUUCGCAUUUGAAGAUGUUCAACGGCGCUGCUUUAUACUUAGAUCGCUCCUGCCUACACCAGUCCGCUUCCUCCUCAUAGAUAGAACGUAUAAUAUUUUUUUAUUCUAUUGACCUAGAAGUCUCCAGAUUCCCAGCUUCGGAGAUAUGUGCGAGAGAAAUCGGUCGGAGCAGUGCACGGACUGUCUUUCGUCCGCAGAGGAAAAGCGUGGAAUAAACACGAAUUAAUGUGGAAUUUAUUGGAGCCCAAAGCUGGAAGGACGACUGGACACAGCGCUUCCUUAUCAGGGACUGACUGACCAUGGUCGCCGUGUUUCGUUCUCUCAUGGUACUGCUGCUGGCUCAGGUGCUGCUGGGAGGCGCUGCGGGACUAAUCCCCGAGGUCGGCCGAAGGAAGUACAGUGAGUCCGGGAAGCAGAACCCGGAGCAGUCGGAUAACUUUCUCAACGAGUUCGAGCUGCGGCUCCUCAAUAUGUUCGGACUUAAGCGGAGGCCGAACCCGAGCAGACAGGCUGUGGUGCCUCAGUACAUGGUGGACCUGUACCGUAUGCACUCGGUGAACGGAGACCACAGCACUAAACUGCCCCGGAGCAUGGGGAGGCAUGCAGAGAGAGCCGCCAGCAAGGCCAACACGAUUAGAAGCUUUCACCAUGAAGAGUCCAUGGAGGCUCUGGCCAGUCUGAAGGGCAGGACCACCCAGCAGUUCUUCUUCAACCUCACCUCCAUCCCUGGAGAAGAGCUUAUCACCUCUGCAGAGCUCCGGGUGUACAGGGACCAGGUCCUGGGGGCCACAGCAGCUCCCACCAGUAACACCAGUUACAACAGCAGUAACAGCUUCAGUACCAGUGCUGGUGGCUUCCAUCGUAUCAACGUGUACGAGGUGUUUGGAGCCCCUGCGUCUCCCCGUGGGGAACCCUUGAUGCGCCUCCUGGACACGCGGCUGGUGCAGGACUCUCUGAGCCGCUGGGAGAGCUUUGACGUCAGCCCCGCAGUGUCCCAGUGGGCCUCCAGGGUGCGCCACAACCACGGCUUCCUGGUGGAGGUGCUCCACCCAGACACCCUGGGGGGCGCGGAGGGCCAAGGACGGAGCCGGCACGUCAGGGUGAGCCGCUCCCUCCACGAGGACCAGGACUCAUGGCCCCAGGCUCGCCCCCUGCUGGUGACCUACAGUCAUGAUGGGCGGGGGAAUGCAGUGCUGCACAGGGACAAGAGACAGGCAGCAGGCCACAGGAAACAGAGGAAGAAGCACCAACACAAGGUCAACUGCCGCAGACAUGCCCUCUACGUGGACUUCAGCGACGUGGGCUGGAACGAGUGGAUAGUGGCGCCCCCAGGCUACCACGCCUUCUACUGCCAUGGGGAGUGCCCCUUCCCAUUGGCCGACCACCUCAACUCCACCAACCAUGCCAUCGUUCAGACGCUUGUCAACUCUGUGAACUCCAACAUCCCCCGGGCGUGCUGCGUGCCCACAGAGCUCAGCCCCAUAUCACUGCUCUAUCUGGAUGAGUAUGAGAAGGUCAUCCUCAAAAACUACCAGGAUAUGGUGGUGGAGGGAUGUGGCUGCCGGUGAGACACACAGAGACAGAAGGAUGGAGGGAUGGAGAGACUGAGAAAGAGAGAGAGUGUGAGGUUAUAUGGGCACCCGGUUUCCCAAUGAAGACGUUUUAUUUAUAUGACAGAAAAGAUACAAACAGAGCUAUUUUCGAAGAAGAUUAAAAAACAACUAUAUAUGAAUAUAUUUAUGUCUACUUAAAGUUGGGAAAAAUAAAUAUUUUAAUCAGAGGAAUAAUCCUUUACUGGUUUUGAAAAUGUAUUUCUGAUGUACAUUUCAAAAUGGGUGCAAUACCACAUGAAGUACAAUGCUCAGAUUUUUAUUUGUAUUUAUUUCUAUUAUAACCACUUUAUUUGUAAAUAAAUAAUGUGUAUUUAUCGUGAGAAAACA